AUGGUUAGGCAGAAGAUGAGAUACAUUGCAGUGAGAAUUAGAUUUGAAAAGGAGAGGAAUAUAUCAUUGGAGACCUCUUUGCUGCCAUUUCUGAAAGCAAAGCUUAUGGAUGAUUAUGGAGUGAGCGGGCUGUCGAAGGCAGGACAUCUUAGUGUUGUUGAGUAUAUGAAGCACUGCAAGAUUGCACUGAUCAGAUGUGAUGUAUCAGGAUACAAGAAUCUGCUUUUUACGCUUGCAACUAUUGGAGAGCUGAACGGAUUGAAAUGUUCGAUGUCAACGAUCUGGGUGUCUGGGAUUCUGAAGAAGGCUAUGAAGAGGAUUUUGAAGUACGUUAAUGCCGAGAAAAGCAUGGCGAAGGCUAUGAGUAAAUGA